UUACUCGUGUGCCUAAUAAACAGAUUAGAUAAACUCAUAUCCUGAUAUUGUAUCGUGCGUUCAUGAAAGAAACUCAGUGUUGAUUCAGCGGCCAAUACAGCUAGCCAGCAAAUCGAUUUAUAGUUAACGUAAAAUGAGGAAUAUAUUAAAUAAAAAAAACAUUCUUUUUAUUCUUAUUUUUUGUGGUGAUCUUGUUAUUAUUUCUAAAAACAUUCAAGGACGUGACUAUCCAGGAGCAAUUUUUAAACGGUUAUAAAAUUAUUACCGAAAAUGAUGAAAUAAAAAAUAUUGAAGUCGUGACGACACCUCAAGCAACCAGAAAACAAGAAACGACAGAACCAAAUGAGGCAUCGAAAUUAAAAUACAUACUUCAGUGGACUUCUCCACGGGGAGUACCAUUUGCUUACAUGGGAAAAGGACAGGAAGGUUUUAUACAAAGAAAAUGCCCACACACCAAUUGUUUUGUGACCGCGGACCGCAAUUUACUCGGUGAUUAUACAAAAUUCGACGUGAUAGCUUUCGCAGGACCUGACGUGGUACGCAUGUCGGAAAGAGCUUUGCCUGAGAAGAGGUCACCGCAUCAAAAAUACGCAUUCGCUACAAUAGAAUCCUCGGACAAUUACCCAGUUUGCUCAAAUCGAUUUGACGGUUACUUUAAUUGGACAUGGACAUUCCGACUGGAUUCGGAAGUCCGAUGGGGAUAUUUCAAUGUCAAAGAUAAAAACGAAAACGUUAUUGGACCGAAUAAAAUAAUGCACUGGAUGAAAAUUGAAGACAUGGAACCGGUCAGCGAAGAUUUCAAAAUACAGUUAAAGUCUAAGUCUAAGGCCGCAGCGUGGUUUGUGUCAAAUUGUUACACAAGAAGCAAAAGGGAAGAUUUCGCUAAUGAACUUCAAGUUGAACUGAAAAAGCACAAUUUAGAACUAGAUAUCUAUGGCAGAUGUGGAAACCUUAAAUGUUCCCGGGAUACAGAAGAGGCAUGUGAUGAAAUGAUCAGAGAAAAAUAUUACUUUUACUUGUCGUUUGAAAACUCAUUUGGUGAAGAUUAUGUCACAGAAAAAUUAUUACAUGCCUUAGAAUUCGACGCUGUUCCUGUAGUGUAUGGCGGUGCUAACUACACCAGGUUUAUGCCUGAAGGGAUUUAUUUGAAUGCGAGGGAGUUAGGAGCAGCCGCGUUAGCUGAAAAAAUGGCAUACCUGAUAAAAACACCAGAUCGUUACAUCGAUAUGUUUAAAUGGAAAAAUCAUUACACAUACUUCAGAAAAUUCAGAAGAGUCGAUACAGAUGAGUACUGCUUAUUUUGUACUAUACUGAAUCAGGAAGACAAAGUGAAAAGUAUAUCUGUGUACGAGAAUUUCAGAAAGUGGUGGGAUCCUCCAAAUCGAUGCUAGCUGAUAUUUCGAGAGGCUCUACAUAGACUGAUGCGACUACGUAUUGGUAAAACUAUUUUUGCUAUUAGCGUUUUGAGGUUACACCAUUAUAUGCCAAGCAGAAGCGUAGAUUGAUGUAAAUUGUGCCUAUAAUGUACUGUCGAAAAGUUAAUUGACCAAAAAGUCUACUAAUGUACCUAUUAUAUUGUAAUUUAAAAACAAAAUAACCGAAGUUCCGAAUCUAUUGUUAUAUCGAUCAAUGGCUGCCGUCGAUUUACAACGCCCCCUAGGUAGGUACUAAUUAGGAUUUGUAUUGGUAUGGUACGUUGUGCGCCCACUCUAUUGAGUACUACCACCCUGUCUAUUUCUGCAGCUAAGUACACAUGCGUUCAGAUUUGAAGAGCGAGACAGGCUUUAAAAAAUAGACUUGAAACUUCGACCUGGGUGGUGGCAUUUACGUUGUGAUAUCUCUAGAUUCCGGCAACCAGACGGGCCGUUAGGUUGUCCACACAUUAUGUGGAAUAAAAAAGAUGUGUAAUAUCGUGAGACACCGGAUAGGAACGAAGUUCCUUAUUAUAAAAAUAUUAAUUUUAAGUUCUAUUCGAUGUAUAAAGAAACUAAAACUGGAGGUUUGGCAACAACCCACGGUCAUUCGGUAACGUGCGAACUUAUUGUGGUACACUUCAUUCACGGUUGUUUGCAUAAGAGUUAGUGUAUUGCGCAAACGAACGCUCUGAGAUCGUGGUCAUAAAAAAAUAUAUUAUUUUUUGUACGUUAUUAUAAAGUUAAGUCGUACACUGUGUGCAUUACUAAUAAAAAUCUUAGGUUACGGACAUUUUUCCCGGUUAGGGUAACCCUCUGCAUCGUCCCAUAAGGAACUGCGUUCCAAAAAGUCCAAAACAAAAACUAUAAUACCAAUCAUGUAUUACAUUAUUUAGAAGUUUAAAACAGCUUGGAUCCUGCUUUGAAUUUGUUUUUUAUACUUGCACUAGUAUAUUAGUAAGACUGUUAGGAAUCGUUAAUUAUAUCUAGCUCAAUCAUUAUAAUUAGAUAGUAUCGGCACUAUGGAAGACUGUUCUUAUGAUUGUGCUAUGUUCACAUUUAAUAAUCUCAUUAAAAAGUCAAACGGUUUGUUCCCAUUUCCCGAAACAAGGACGGAAGAAGUUGAACUUCUGGUGUCUUAAGCGCUAAAAAUCUCUAAGUGUACGUAAUACUAAUUGUUUUUCAAUUAUCAGUUGUUGCGGCGGCUUUAUUGUUCCAAACGAAGUAGGAGGGGCAUCCGCCAGCAGAUUAGAUUGUUUAUGUAUUUUUUUUAAAUUAUUAUUAAAAUAAAAAAUCACGUAAUAUGUGACUAAUUAGUAAAUCGACGUGUCGAUGUUUGACUUAGUAACUAAGAUCGCGAAUCCCAGUUCAUCACAGUCUGAAAGUGUUCUGAGCUAUUUGAGGUUAUAAUAUUAUCUUUUUUACCAUCGCAACAUAAGUCACUGUUGUGUAGAGUAGUCUUUCUGUUUUGUGUACGAUAUAAAUAUAUAAUAUCGUUAUAAAUCGAUUUUUAAUUAUUUAUUUUAACUGCACUUUUUUUUUGUAUUUUAUUUUAUUUGUUAUUUGAUAAGGUAUUCGAACGAACUAUUAAUUGUAUUAAUCGAUUAGCGUAAUUGUAUAAUCCUGUAGUCAGUCCAUCGUCAGUCUUGAGCAAAUUGCCGACGCGUUAAUAGCGCGUUGCACAGCCUCAAUCAGACACCGACUUCUUACAGGAGCGUAAAUUGAGCGUAGCUCCUUCUUUGAGCAUCGCUUAAGCAGGGAUUGGUAUAAAUAGUGAAAGACUCUCCCUCUUAUACUCCGCCACCUAAUUCUGAAAGAUGUUCACAGAAGUCGAGCAUCACCUUCUACAAUUUGCCGCUGUCGUGCAUCGCAGCCAUAACGACGGGUGGCGACGGCUGGUGUUUUAUUUAUUUUGCCCAAGGGUUGAGAACAUCUACGAGCUACCCAUAGCAUGAAAAACGUGGGGAAGAGUACCGGCCAUUGGAACGGCAGCGUUAAUAGACUUGAUAUCGGAACAACAGCUAUACUAUGAAUGUGAUAAUCUGCCUAUCCAUGAGUAAGGUAUCAGUAGCAGAGUGACCGUGACGGAAAUCGUACUGUCGGUCACUGAUAAAGUGACGUGGGUGGGUAUUUACGGUCUUCAACAAAGAAAUAACCCUGUUAGUGUUUUGAGAAAGCAGAUAGAAACACGUAAGCGCAGGUGCCAACUUAUCAUAUAAGGACCACUUUACUACCCAAGACUAGACGUAAUAUUCCUUUCAAAUUAAACAUUUCAAAAGAUUCAUAAGAUUUUGUUUUGAUACACAUGUAGCAAAACUAGCAGUGGGCCGUUUUUAAAGAAGUUUUUAUUUUCUAAAACAGCCUUCAAGAGAACUUACUGACUAGCGAGGAGUUUUCAUAGCGCCAUUAUUGCCAUGUUGUGCUAGUUUAGUCCGCCUCGUCUGGUUUUUUUCGUCGUUGUUAUAACGAGAAUAAAAUUUAAGUAUAUAAGAAGUUGUCUUUGCAUUUUGUUACUAUGCAUCUAAACAUUACGCUCUUUUGCUGAUAAUUAAGUUGCUCUUUACUAAAUGUAGUUAAAAUUUCAACGCUGUAGUUUCAAGAAGUCAAUUUUAGGAAGCUAAUUUUUUCAUUUCAUAUUUCAGAUAGAAUGUUCAGAUUAAAUAACACCAUAUUUAAACUAGCAUUUUACUCGGUAUGUGCACUUGGCGUGUUUGUAUGGUAUGUUUCAAAUCUAAUGGUUUAUACUAUAACCCAACCAAUUAUAAAAAGUACAAGAAUAACCAAACUCAAUAAAACUGUCCACGAAAAUAUUAAAUUCAUCCUUAUAUGGACGGAUCCAGCAAUAGACCCAAUCGUGAAAUUGGGAAAUGGCCAUCAGACGUUCGUCGAAAGAGAAUGCCCAGUAAAAUCAUGUUUUGUCACAUCAGACAGACAUUUUUUCAAAGAUGUAACUGAGUUUGAAGUGAUAAUUUUUCAUGGUAAAGAGAUUGUACGAAGUCUCCCUGCCAUGCCGGAAAUACGAUCUACUCACCAAAAAUAUAUUUUUGCAUCCAUGGAAUCUUCUGACUACUAUCCAAUAUGCGACGUUAGAUUUAAAGGCUUUUUCAAUUGGACAUGGACUUAUAAGUUAAAUUCUGAUGAGUACAACGGCUAUAUUAUAGUUAGAAAUAAAAAGGGUAUUAUUAUAGGACCUAAACAAGACAUGGAGUGGUUAUGAAUUGAAGAAAUGGAUCCUGUGACCAAAGAAGUUGAAAUAAAGUUGAGUCGCAAAACAAAAAUUGCUGCGUGGUUUGUUUCUAACUGUAGAGCUCCUAGUGGCAGAGACAUUUUUUUUAAAGAAGUCCAAAGGGAAUUGAAUAAACACGGUUUGUCAGUUGAUGUAUACGGAGAAUGUGGAAAUAAAAUUUGUCCACGCGAUGACGAGAGCAAAUGCUUUAAAUUGAUAGAAAGGGACUACUAUUUUUACUUCGCUUUUGAAAAUUCUUUAAGUGAAGAUUACGUAACUGAAAAAUUAUUGACCGCAAUUCGAAACUACGCCAUUCCAGUUGUUUAUGGUGCCGCGAAUUAUACGAGGUUCAUGCCUAAUGGUACCUACCUAAACGGUCGAGAUUUAGGCGCGAAAGAACUUGCAAGACAAAUGAUUGAGAUUUACGAAGACAAGAAAAAGUAUAAAAGAUUUUUUAAGUGGCAUAAUCAUUACUCUUAUCACGACGUGUAUGAAUCUCCGGAAAGCGAUAGCAUUUGCAAGUUGUGCGCGAUAAUUAAUAACAAUACAGUAUUUGAUAAGGCAACUGUUUAUGAAGAUUUUAAUUCAUGGUGGAAUCCGAAGGGCCGGUGUUAAUAAAUAAAAAUAAUAGUAAAGUGUUUUAUUUAUUAUUAUUGUACAAAAAAGUAAAAACGGAACUGUGUCGAUAAAAUUUAAAUUGAAAAAUAUUUUAUUACGCAGCGGUAGGUGUUGUAGUGUGAUUGAGUAACCAAUUUUUGUACAUUUUCGUUUGGAUAACGUGCUGUGGUCGUACUAUUUCUGAAUGGCAUGACAAAAAUAGAACUGAUUGUUCAUAAGUAAUUAAAAAAAAACAAAUACAUUUUACGUAAUGCAAUACCUAUAGUUUGAAAUUUAUCGAGCGCAAGCGGUUUUCCUUCCUUAGCAUAGUUACCGGCUUAAUAAUAUAAUAAUUAAUUAUAAAUAAAAUAGUAUAAAUGAAUAAAAUUAUCUCCCUAAACAUCAGUUUAUUCUCGUUUCGACUUUAGAAAUGGAAUGACCAUUAAACAAGCUUUAAAUUAAUAUUAAAUAAAUUACCAAAGCCAAUCGCUUAAAGUAAUGUUUGUGUCCAUCAAAUAGCUAUUCUUUGCAAAAUAUUGUUGAUAGUUAUCAUAAUAAAUGCUAUUAUGCUUGUAUCUAAGAGUCUUUGGUGCAUAAGUACGAAUAUUUGAAGUCAUUUACAUAUUAUGUGUACCAGUGUUUUAUUUUGUAAAAAAAUUAUAUGACGGUUCAAUCAAUCAAUCAAUACUGAUUAAUUUAAUACUUUAGUUUCAUAAUUAGCUAUGUCAAGUGAACUUUGUCUUUAUAUGUGAGAAAACUUCAGUUUUAUUAUAAAAUUUUCGAAUUUAAUGUACUGUAUAAUUUGUUUUGAUGUUUAAGUCCAUUUUGAUAAUCACAUUAAUUAAUAAUUGUAAAAAUAUAUUUUACUAAUUUCAUUUUCGUGAACCUAUUUUUUUUCAUAUUGAGCCGUUUGCGAAGCACCGAUACUUACUCGUGUGCCUAAUAAACAGAUUAGAUAAACUCAUAUCCUGAUAUUGUAUCGUGCGUUCAUGAAAGAAACUCAGUGUUGAUUCAGCGGCCAAUACAGCUAGCCAGCAAAUCGAUUUAUAGUUAACGUAAAAUGAGGAAUAUAUUAAAUAAAAAAACAUUCUUUUUAUUCUUAUUUUUUGUGGUGAUCUUGUUAUUAUUUCUAAAAACAUUCAAGGACGUGACUAUCCAGGAGCAAUUUUUAAACGGUUAUAAAAUUAUUACCGAAAAUGAUGAAAUAAAAAAUAUUGAAGUCGUGACGACACCUCAAGCAACCAGAAAAUAAGAAACGACAGAACCAAAUGAGGCAUCGAAAUUAAAAUACAUACUUCAGUGGACUUCUCCACGGGGAGUACCAUUUGCUUACAUGGGAAAAGGACAGGAAGGUUUUAUACAAAGAAAAUGCCCACACACCAAUUGUUUUGUGACCGCGGACCGCAAUUUACUCGGUGAUUAUACAAAAUUCGACGUGAUAGCUUUCGCAGGACCUGACGUGGUACGCAUGUCGGAAAGAGCUUUGCCUGAGAAGAGGUCACCGCAUCAAAAAUACGCAUUCGCUACAAUAGAAUCCUCGGACAAUUACCCAGUUUGCUCAAAUCGAUUUGACGGUUACUUUAAUUGGACAUGGACAUUCCGACUGGAUUCGGAAGUCCGAUGGGGAUAUUUCAAUGUCAAAGAUAAAAACGAAAACGUUAUUGGACCGAAUAAAAUAAUGCACUGGAUGAAAAUUGAAGACAUGGAACCGGUCAGCGAAGAUUUCAAAAUACAGUUAAAGUCUAAGUCUAAGGCCGCAGCGUGGUUUGUGUCAAAUUGUUACACAAGAAGCAAAAGGGAAGAUUUCGCUAAUGAACUUCAAGUUGAACUGAAAAAGCACAAUUUAGAACUAGAUAUCUAUGGCAGAUGUGGAAACCUUAAAUGUUCCCGGGAUACAGAAGAGGCAUGUGAUGAAAUGAUCAGAGAAAAAUAUUACUUUUACUUGUCGUUUGAAAACUCAUUUGGUGAAGAUUAUGUCACAGAAAAAUUAUUACAUGCCUUAGAAUUCGACGCUGUUCCUGUAGUGUAUGGCGGUGCUAACUACACCAGGUUUAUGCCUGAAGGGAUUUAUUUGAAUGCGAGGGAGUUAGGAGCAGCCGCGUUAGCUGAAAAAAUGGCAUACCUGAUAAAAACACCAGAUCGUUACAUCGAUAUGUUUAAAUGGAAAAAUCAUUACACAUACUUCAGAAAAUUCAGAAGAGUCGAUACAGAUGAGUACUGCUUAUUUUGUACUAUACUGAAUCAGGAAGACAAAGUGAAAAGUAUAUCUGUGUACGAGAAUUUCAGAAAGUGGUGGGAUCCUCCAAAUCGAUGCUAGCUGAUAUUUCGAGAGGCUCUACAUAGACUGAUGCGACUACGUAUUGGUAAAACUAUUUUUGCUAUUAGCGUUUUGAGGUUACACCAUUAUAUGCCAAGCAGAAGCGUAGAUUGAUGUAAAUUGUGCCUAUAAUGUACUGUCGAAAAGUUAAUUGACCAAAAAGUCUACUAAUGUACCUAUUAUAUUGUAAUUUAAAAACAAAAUAACCGAAGUUCCGAAUCUAUUGUUAUAUCGAUCAAUGGCUGCCGUCGAUUUACAACGCCCCCUAGGUAGGUACUAAUUAGGAUUUGUAUUGGUAUGGUACGUUGUGCGCCCACUCUAUUGAGUACUACCACCCUGUCUAUUUCUGCAGCUAAGUACACAUGCGUUCAGAUUUGAAGAGCGAGACAGGCUUUAAAAAAUAGACUUGAAACUUCGACCUGGGUGGUGGCAUUUACGUUGUGAUAUCUCUAGAUUCCGGCAACCAGACGGGCCGUUAGGUUGUCCACACAUUAUGUGGAAUAAAAAAGAUGUGUAAUAUCGUGAGACACCGGAUAGGAACGAAGUUCCUUAUUAUAAAAAUAUUAAUUUUAAGUUCUAUUCGAUGUAUAAAGAAACUAAAACUGGAGGUUUGGCAACAACCCACGGUCAUUCGGUAACGUGCGAACUUAUUGUGGUACACUUCAUUCACGGUUGUUUGCAUAAGAGUUAGUGUAUUGCGCAAACGAACGCUCUGAGAUCGUGGUCAUAAAAAAAUAUAUUAUUUUUUGUACGUUAUUAUAAAGUUAAGUCGUACACUGUGUGCAUUACUAAUAAAAAUCUUAGGUUACGGACAUUUUUCCCGGUUAGGGUAACCCUCUGCAUCGUCCCAUAAGGAACUGCGUUCCAAAAAGUCCAAAACAAAAACUAUAAUACCAAUCAUGUAUUACAUUAUUUAGAAGUUUAAAACAGCUUGGAUCCUGCUUUGAAUUUGUUUUUUAUACUUGCACUAGUAUAUUAGUAAGACUGUUAGGAAUCGUUAAUUAUAUCUAGCUCAAUCAUUAUAAUUAGAUAGUAUCGGCACUAUGGAAGACUGUUCUUAUGAUUGUGCUAUGUUCACAUUUAAUAAUCUCAUUAAAAAGUCAAACGGUUUGUUCCCAUUUCCCGAAACAAGGACGGAAGAAGUUGAACUUCUGGUGUCUUAAGCGCUAAAAAUCUCUAAGUGUACGUAAUACUAAUUGUUUUUCAAUUAUCAGUUGUUGCGGCGGCUUUAUUGUUCCAAACGAAGUAGGAGGGGCAUCCGCCAGCAGAUUAGAUUGUUUAUGUAUUUUUUUUAAAUUAUUAUUAAAAUAAAAAAUCACGUAAUAUGUGACUAAUUAGUAAAUCGACGUGUCGAUGUUUGACUUAGUAACUAAGAUCGCGAAUCCCAGUUCAUCACAGUCUGAAAGUGUUCUGAGCUAUUUGAGGUUAUAAUAUUAUCUUUUUUACCAUCGCAACAUAAGUCACUGUUGUGUAGAGUAGUCUUUCUGUUUUGUGUACGAUAUAAAUAUAUAAUAUCGUUAUAAAUCGAUUUUUAAUUAUUUAUUUUAACUGCACUUUUUUUUUGUAUUUUAUUUUAUUUGUUAUUUGAUAAGGUAUUCGAACGAACUAUUAAUUGUAUUAAUCGAUUAGCGUAAUUGUAUAAUCCUGUAGUCAGUCCAUCGUCAGUCUUGAGCAAAUUGCCGACGCGUUAAUAGCGCGUUGCACAGCCUCAAUCAGACACCGACUUCUUACAGGAGCGUAAAUUGAGCGUAGCUCCUUCUUUGAGCAUCGCUUAAGCAGGGAUUGGUAUAAAUAGUGAAAGACUCUCCCUCUUAUACUCCGCCACCUAAUUCUGAAAGAUGUUCACAGAAGUCGAGCAUCACCUUCUACAAUUUGCCGCUGUCGUGCAUCGCAGCCAUAACGACGGGUGGCGACGGCUGGUGUUUUAUUUAUUUUGCCCAAGGGUUGAGAACAUCUACGAGCUACCCAUAGCAUGAAAAACGUGGGGAAGAGUACCGGCCAUUGGAACGGCAGCGUUAAUAGACUUGAUAUCGGAACAACAGCUAUACUAUGAAUGUGAUAAUCUGCCUAUCCAUGAGUAAGGUAUCAGUAGCAGAGUGACCGUGACGGAAAUCGUACUGUCGGUCACUGAUAAAGUGACGUGGGUGGGUAUUUACGGUCUUCAACAAAGAAAUAACCCUGUUAGUGUUUUGAGAAAGCAGAUAGAAACACGUAAGCGCAGGUGCCAACUUAUCAUAUAAGGACCACUUUACUACCCAAGACUAGACGUAAUAUUCCUUUCAAAUUAAACAUUUCAAAAGAUUCAUAAGAUUUUGUUUUGAUACACAUGUAGCAAAACUAGCAGUGGGCCGUUUUUAAAGAAGUUUUUAUUUUCUAAAACAGCCUUCAAGAGAACUUACUGACUAGCGAGGAGUUUUCAUAGCGCCAUUAUUGCCAUGUUGUGCUAGUUUAGUCCGCCUCGUCUGGUUUUUUUCGUCGUUGUUAUAACGAGAAUAAAAUUUAAGUAUAUAAGAAGUUGUCUUUGCAUUUUGUUACUAUGCAUCUAAACAUUACGCUCUUUUGCUGAUAAUUAAGUUGCUCUUUACUAAAUGUAGUUAAAAUUUCAACGCUGUAGUUUCAAGAAGUCAAUUUUAGGAAGCUAAUUUUUUCAUUUCAUAUUUCAGAUAGAAUGUUCAGAUUAAAUAACACCAUAUUUAAACUAGCAUUUUACUCGGUAUGUGCACUUGGCGUGUUUGUAUGGUAUGUUUCAAAUCUAAUGGUUUAUACUAUAACCCAACCAAUUAUAAAAAGUACAAGAAUAACCAAACUCAAUAAAACUGUCCACGAAAAUAUUAAAUUCAUCCUUAUAUGGACGGAUCCAGCAAUAGACCCAAUCGUGAAAUUGGGAAAUGGCCAUCAGACGUUCGUCGAAAGAGAAUGCCCAGUAAAAUCAUGUUUUGUCACAUCAGACAGACAUUUUUUCAAAGAUGUAACUGAGUUUGAAGUGAUAAUUUUUCAUGGUAAAGAGAUUGUACGAAGUCUCCCUGCCAUGCCGGAAAUACGAUCUACUCACCAAAAAUAUAUUUUUGCAUCCAUGGAAUCUUCUGACUACUAUCCAAUAUGCGACGUUAGAUUUAAAGGCUUUUUCAAUUGGACAUGGACUUAUAAGUUAAAUUCUGAUGAGUACAACGGCUAUAUUAUAGUUAGAAAUAAAAAGGGUAUUAUUAUAGGACCUAAACAAGACAUGGAGUGGUUAAGAAUUGAAGAAAUGGAUCCUGUGACCAAAGAAGUUGAAAUAAAGUUGAGUCGCAAAACAAAAAUUGCUGCGUGGUUUGUUUCUAACUGUAGAGCUCCUAGUGGCAGAGACAUUUUUUUUAAAGAAGUCCAAAGGGAAUUGAAUAAACACGGUUUGUCAGUUGAUGUAUACGGAGAAUGUGGAAAUAAAAUUUGUCCACGCGAUGACGAGAGCAAAUGCUUUAAAUUGAUAGAAAGGGACUACUAUUUUUACUUCGCUUUUGAAAAUUCUUUAAGUGAAGAUUACGUAACUGAAAAAUUAUUGACCGCAAUUCGAAACUACGCCAUUCCAGUUGUUUAUGGUGCCGCGAAUUAUACGAGGUUCAUGCCUAAUGGUACCUACCUAAACGGUCGAGAUUUAGGCGCGAAAGAACUUGCAAGACAAAUGAUUGAGAUUUACGAAGACAAGAAAAAGUAUAAAAGAUUUUUUAAGUGGCAUAAUCAUUACUCUUAUCACGACGUGUAUGAAUCUCCGGAAAGCGAUAGCAUUUGCAAGUUGUGCGCGAUAAUUAAUAACAAUACAGUAUUUGAUAAGGCAACUGUUUAUGAAGAUUUUAAUUCAUGGUGGAAUCCGAAGGGCCGGUGUUAAUAAAUAAAAAUAAUAGUAAA